AUGGACGCGAGUCCAAAGGAGUCUCAGAUUCGUUCCCCAAAAGCUGACCGUAUAGUUCUUUUUAAUAGUAAAACAGAUUCUAAUGACAAUCAGAAUAGUGCUGAACCGGACAGAAAUACUGAAUUUGCUGUAGUUCAUUAUUCACGCGAACCAGAUUAUUGCCGAGACCUAAUCAGAGGAUCUAUGCGCCCUCAAAGGCGUAAAACAGUAACUUAUAAACUCUUUCAAGGAACUGCACACUCCCCUCUUUUUUUGGAGAUAAUGGGCGACUACGCGUUCUUGUUUGGUGAUCUUGUCUAUGAUAUCUCCCAAUAUUUGAAAGAAUAUUUCAGGAAACCGGGUACUGAUAAUUCGGAAUUUUUGGCGUUUGAGAAAACGAUAGAACAGAAAGAGAUAGAGGAAAACAAAGACGAGUCUGAAAUAAGACUUAGACAAAUCGAAGAAGCCUGGGAGAGCAUUCUCUAUGAAGAUUUGAGGGAUUGGAGAAAAGAAGUCCAUAUUUACUGCACCUAUCAGGGCGUUCCAGUAUCUCACACCGCGUUGCCAACAAACUGGUUCUGGGAGGGUAUUCAGAUAAGGAUCUUAUUCCCUUUUGUUCUGAAACCGUGGCACAAUAAGUUUUAUGGAAACAAAAACAUUACUGAUGUAGCCAAGUUAAAGUUAGAAAAGAAAGAAUACGGGAAGCAAGCAGAUCUCAAAUCAUAUCUCUCAAACUAUUAUAGGGACACUCGGUAUAGUAUAACUAGAUACAGGAAGGAUCUAAAUGGCGAACAAAAUUUCUUACUAGAUAAAUAUUUUGGUUUUUAUUUGCACUCUACAAGAAAAGACCUCAUGAUAGAAAAUAUGGGGCCUCAACACCCAUCGAUGCAUGGUGUUCUUCGACUUAUUGUUACUCUGGAUGGUGAAGAUGUUAUUGAUUGUGAACCAAUAUUGGGUUAUUUACACAGAGCGACUAUGUUCACAGAAGCAAUAACUGUAAACGGGCCGGAACAAUUGGGAAAUAUUCAAGUACCUAAAAGAGCCAGCUAUAUACGAGUAAUUAUGUUGGAGUUAAGUCGUAUAGCUUCUCAUCUACUAUGGUUGGGACCUUUUAUGGCAGAUAUUGGUGCACAAACCCCUUUUUUCUAUAUUUUUAGAGAAAGAGAAUUAAUAUAUGAUCUAUUCGAAGCUGCGACAGAACGGGUUGAAGGAGUAGGUUUUGUUGGUAGAGAGGAAGUUAUAAAUUGGGGGUUAUCAGGACCGAUGCUUCGGGCUUCCGGAAUACAAUGGGAUCUACGUGAAGUUGAUAAUUAUGAGUGUUACGAGGAAUUGGAUUGGGAAGUUCAAUGGCAAAAAGAAGGAGAUUCAUUAGCUCGUUAUUUAGUUCGAAUUGGUGAAAUGGUGGAAUCCAUAAAAAUAAUUCAACAGGCUUUGGAAGGAAUUCCAGGGGGGCCUUAUGAAAAUUUUGAAAUCCGCUGCUUUGAUAGAGAAAAGGAGCCAGAAUGGAAUGAUUUUGAAUAUCGAUUCAUUGGUAAAAAAUCGUCUCCUACUUUUGAAUUGCCGAAACAAGAACUUUAUGUGAGAGUUGAGGCCCCCAAGGGAGAAUUAGGAAUUUUUCUAAUAGGAGAUCAGAAUGGUUUUCCUUGGAGAUGGAAAAUUCGUCCACCUGGUUUUAUCAAUUUGCAAAUUCUUCCUCAAUUAGUUAAAAGAAUGAAAUUGGCUGAUAUUAUGACAAUACUAGAAAGAGAAAUAUCAGCAGGGGUACAACAGCGUAUUGGACCUGAAUACGCUGGUCCUUUUGGAAUUCUUCAAGCUCUAGCAGACGGAACAAAACUACUAUUCAAAGAGAAUCUUAUUCCAUCUAGGGGAGAUAUUCGUUUAUUCAGUAUUGGACCAUCCAUAUCAAUAAUAUCAAUUCUAAUAAGUUAUUCAGUAAUUCCCUUUGGCUAUAACUUUGUUUUAUCUGAUUUCAAGAUAGGUGUUUUUUUAUGGAUUGCUAUUUCGAGUAUUGCUCCCAUUGGACUUCUUAUGUCAGGAUAUGGCUCAAAUAAUAAAUAUUCCUUUUUGGGUGGUCUACGAGCUGCUGCUCAAUCGAUUAGUUAUGAAAUACCAUUAACUCUAUGUGUCUUAUCAAUAUCUCUACGUGCGAUUCGUUGA